GGCGGUGUGACUGCCUCCUUAGCACAACUCCGGCUGGCUGAACUAAUUCAUUGGUCCAAAUGAUGAUGCUCUCUGUGUACAUGUGCUUCUAUCGUCAUUUGAUGCCUUACAAUACAUCGUUUUGAAAAGAACACCUAGUUUCCUAAAGAUCUCAACAGCAAUCCACAUCAUCUCCUCAGAUAUCUUAUGAUAAUGAAGAAAUAAAGGCUUGAUCAAAGCUCCCCUUUUCAUAAACUGAACUUCUUUGAACUGUAGAAGUGUCUGAUAGCAUUACAGUCUUGACGUAAAGGUGAACUGGGCUUUACCGAUAGUGUCUCCCUGUUCGUUCGCCUGAAAGACUUUUUCACCCCUCUCUACUGAUUACUAUUCAAAUGCCAAAAAAUAGCAAGGUUGUCAAGAGAGACCUUGACGAUGACGUCACGGAGUCCGUCAAAGAUCUGCUUUCCAACGAGGAUACAUGCGAUGAUGCGUUCAAGAAGAGCUCGCUGAUUGUCAGCAAUGUCCGGGAAGACAAGGACAGGGACAUUGAGGAGGGUUCCCUCUCGGAUGAAGAGAGGCCAGCGUGGAACAGCAAGCUUCAGUACAUCUUGGCCCAGGUUGGCUUCUCUGUGGGCCUUGGCAAUGUGUGGAGGUUCCCCUACCUCUGUCAGAAGAAUGGGGGAGGAGCGUACCUUGUACCCUACCUGAUCCUGCUGAUACUGAUCGGGAUCCCCCUCUUCUUCCUGGAGCUGGCCGUGGGACAGCGCAUCCGCCGGGGAAGCAUCGGGGUGUGGAACUACGUCAGCCCCCACCUGGGGGGGAUCGGAUUCGCCAGUUGUAUGGUGUGCUUCUUUGUGGCCCUGUACUACAAUGUCAUCAUCGCCUGGAGCCUGUUCUACUUCUCCCAGUCCUUCCAGCAGCCCCUCCCUUGGCAUGAAUGCCCACUGGUCAAGAACAAAACAAACACAUACGUAGAGCCGGAGUGUGAGAAAAGCUCGGCCACCACUUUUUACUGGUACCGCGUGGCCCUGGACAUCUCCGACUCCAUCGCUGACAGUGAGGGCCUCAACUGGAGGAUGAGCGUGUGCCUGCUGGCUGCCUGGACCAUGGUGUGCCUGGCCAUGAUCAAAGGCAUUCAGUCCUCGGGGAAGGUUAUGUACUUCAGCUCUUUGUUCCCCUACGUGGUUCUGAUCUGUUUCUUGGUGAGGUCCCUUCUCCUGACUGGAUCUGUGGAUGGGAUUCGCCACAUGUUCACCCCCAAGCUGGAAAUCAUGCUGGAGGCUAAGGUAUGGCGAGAGGCUGCCACCCAAGUGUUCUUCGCCCUGGGGCUGGGCUUCGGUGGGGUCAUCGCCUUCUCCAGCUUCAACAAGCGCGACAACAACUGCCACUUUGACGCCGUGCUGGUCUCCUUCAUCAACUUCUUCACGUCUGUGCUGGCCACGCUGGUGGUAUUUGCUGUGCUUGGCUUCAAGGCCAAUAUCAUGAACGCCAAGUGUAUCACGCUAAACGCAAAGAAGAUUGUUGGAUUUCUGGGUAAUGAAAUUAGUCCAGACCUGAUCCCCCCGCAUAUUGAUCUCUCCAACGUGAGUGCAGAGGACUACACGCAGAUGAUAGAGAUCAUUAGAGGGGUAAAGGAGAGUGACUUCUCGCAUCUCGGACUCGAUUCCUGCAGCAUUGAGGAUGAACUGAACAAGGCUGUUCAGGGUACUGGCUUGGCAUUUAUAGCCUUCACCGAAGCCAUGACCCACUUCCCAGCCUCACCCUUCUGGUCGGUCAUGUUCUUCCUCAUGCUGGUCAACCUGGGCCUGGGCAGCAUGUUCGGAACUAUCGAGGGCAUCAUUACGCCCCUCGUCGACACCUUCAAAGUGCGCAAGGAGCUCCUCACAGUGGGGUGCUGUGUCUUGGCCUUCAGCAUCGGCCUGCUCUUUGUCCAGCGCUCUGGGAACUACUUUGUGGCCAUGUUUGAUGACUACUCUGCCACACUCCCUUUACUCGUGGUUGUUAUUCUGGAGAAUGUGGCUGUGGCCUGGGUCUACGGCAUGGACAAGUUUUUUGAAGAUCUGAAAGACAUGCUUGGAUUUUCGCCAUUCCGGUUCUAUUACUACAUGUGGAAGUACAUCACUCCUCUGGUGCUGUUGGUUCUGCUGAUGGCCAGUGUAAUUCAGCUAGGAAUGACUCCGCCUACUUACAGCGCCUGGAUCGAGGAACUGGCUCAGGAGAGGUCCCGCAGCUAUCCCACCUGGGGCUUGGCUAUGUGCGUGUCCCUGGUCGUCAUGGCAUUACUCCCUGUGCCCGUGGUCCUCGCUCUGCGCUACUUCAACUUGCUGGACGAGAGCGCGGGCGGGUUCUCCUCCGUGUCCUACAAGAAGGCACGGAUCAUCAAGGACAGUGCCGCGCCAGACGAUGACAAUGCCAGCCUGAUCCACGGCAAGUCCCCCUGCAGCGAGGCGCCCUCCCCUGUGCCCGGCAACAACAUCUACCGCAAACAAAGUGCCGGUCUGGAUGCAGAAAUAACCCCGAACGGGCGUUAUGGGAUCGGUUACCUGAUGGCCAACAUGCCUGACAUGCCAGAGUCAGACUUGUAACCCUGGUUGACCAAUCUACGCAUUUCGCCUGUCUAAUCAUCUUCAUAUAUUAACUUGUAUAGCUGUAGAUAACAUAGCUCAUGUCAUGUGUGCAUACUACCCUCUUUAUAAGUCCAGAAAUUAAGAGUUGUAGAAUGGCUGUAUAUAUUUUUCCUGCCAAGAAUUACACCAUGUAACCUCCACACAGAAAGCCACAGGUAAAAUGAAGGUUAGCCGCUCUAUUCACUUAAGAACGCACAGCAACAAAUGUAGACACAAGGCAAGCACAUCAACAUGAUUUGGGUGUCAAAAUUGUAUUGGGCUUCAGUAAAAGGAUGGCACUUCUAUUUACAAUGAUUGUUCACAACAAUGUGUACCUAAUAUCUUCUUAUAUAUUUGUUAAUAGAAAUCUAUGUGGACUUUGUAUAUUUAUAUGGUAUUCUGUGUAUAUAAAAUACAUUUAUGUAUACAUGUUGCUUUUCAUAAAAAAUGUUGAGCAUCUUUUAACAGCUGUUCUUUUUGUUUACUGAUGUGCUCUCACUGUAAAGAUCUCUGAUGCUUCCAAAUCCUGUAAAUAAUUUUCUCCAUGAAAUAGCUUAGAAGUGCAGUCUUUUUCCAAGUGAGAUUAAAGGUCAUGCUGUAUGGUC